CCACGAUCCGUUUCUACGAAUCGACGUUGCGACGACGUCCCCGACGCGUUUUGACCGGCCUUCCCCCCCCCGGCCCCCGUCCGCAGGACGGAGAAAGGAAGGAAAGGAAGGAGGGAAGAGAGGGAGCGAGAGCGAGCGAGAGGAGAGACCGUAGGGAGAUCGGUGAAGAGGAUCGGCAGGCAGUGGGAGGAAGCGGAGCGUGGAUAGAUAAGAAGAAAGGAGGGCUCGGAAAGAGGAGUGUGGAUGAGAGCGUCAUGCCCGCUGAGAUCGACACGGGCGGGCCAAGGGUGCUGCACUGUGAUUACCGUGCCGACUGCCCGAUACAGAAGAUCCUAGUAGCUUCCACUAUCGAGCCUCCCUCUUCCUUCCGCCCCGAGGAGAAGAGGAAACGGAAAGAACUCGUUCCAGGGGGGACCCAGACCCUGCCCGCUUCCAGCACCCGCGAAAACCACGGGCCACGCGAUCCUCGCUCCCCUGUCUCCUCCUCCUCCUCCCCCUCUCCCUCCCCACCCUCCUCCUCCUCUCGCCGGAUCGCGUGCACGCGCCACGCCGCGUCCGAAUGCGACCCUUGCCUUCUUCAUCGUCGCCGUCGUUGCCGCCGCCGUCGCCGCCGCCGCCAUCGUCCUCGUCGUCCAACGGCGGGAACAAUCCUCGACGACGACGACGACGACGACGAGCGGAACCGCCGUCACCCCCCACCGUCCGAUAACGCGACCACGUCGCCGUCUACGAUUCGAUGCGAGGUGUCGUCGUCGGAUCGUCGCCACCGCCGCCGCCGCCGGUCCCGUCGUCGUCGCCGUCGCCGCGGCCCCCCUCGGCGCCGGGAUGCCCUCACGUCGGAGCGCGAGGAGCCGCGACUCGGCUCGACCCAUCCUCGAGAUCCUUCGAUAACGGGCGACAGGAGGAGGAAGAGGAGGAGGGCGAGGCGGGACGAGGAGAAGCGCGACGAGUGUCAUCGCUCGUCGGAUCGAAGCGAGACGAAGCGGAGGAGACUCGAGGAAGAAAAGGAGAAGGAGGAGGAGGAGGAGGAGGAGGAAGAGGAGGAGGAGGAAUCGAGGAAACGGGAAAACGAGGAGGCGACGACGGGCGGCCAGGGUGGUCGAUACUGGCGUCCGGAGGAAGAGGAAGAGGAAAAAGGAGAAGAGGAGGAAGAAGAAGAAGAGGAGGAAGAAGAGGAAGAAGAGGAGGAGGAGGAGGAGGAGGAAGAAGAGGAAGAAGAAGAAGAAGAAGAAGAAGAAAAAGAAGUGGAAGAGGAAGAGGAAGAGGGCGAAGGAGACGAAGAAGGAAGGUGGUGCUCGAAAGGACGCGAGGAGCCGGCGUGGAAGAGUAGUAGUGGUGGUUGUGGUGGUGGUGACGGUGACGGUGAUGGUGGUGGUGGUGGUGUGGUCGCGAACCGUGGUGCACGGUUCUCUAGUCACUGGAACGAGGCUUGGACGUACGAGGAGGAGGCGGCGAGGAACGGCACCGCGUUUCUUCCGUCCUUGGCCGAUGAAACGUGGAAGGAAGUGGAAGUCGCGACGAAUUCCUCGAGCGGUGAGUCGCGCGUCGCCAAGGUCGUGGCCGAUCCCCGCCAGACCGACUUUCCUUCGGCGUUCGAGCACGAGCACGACCACGGGUCCUUGACGACGACCACGACGACGACGACGACGACGACGACGACCACGACGACCACGACGACGACCACGACGACGACCACGACGACGACCACGAAGACGACGAAGACGACGACCACGACGACGAGGAGCGAGCGUAGAACGAGGAAGAAGAAGAAGAAGAAGAAGAGACGCGCGUGCACCGCGGCCAACAACCGUUCCACGUACAUUCAGUUAGCGUUACUCCUGUUCCUCGUCGCGUUCGGCCAGUGCGCACUUCGUCGAUCGGCCGGUGUGUUCAGCAACAAUAAUUGCAGUGCGAGACCGAGUACGAUCGGGUUUAGUGUGUUGGCGAUCGGGACGGUUAUCAGUGCAGUGAGUGCCGCGCCCCUCGAUUUGACGGGCGACGCCGGGGUGAGGGCGGAACGAUCGGCCAAUUUGUCCCACAUCACGGGCGCCUCGAGGAAAAUCCAGAUGUAUAUCAAGAAUCGCCACUUGCAGAUCCUGCCCGAUGGCACGGUCAACGGUUCCAACGACGACACUUCGGAUUACACGAUAUUUCAACGAACAUCCGUGUCCAGGGGUCAACUGAGGAUCCAAGGUGUCGCGACUUGCCUGUACCUGUGCAUGGAUUCCUGUGGUCUUCUUUACGGCUCGCGCGAGUACACGGACGAUUGCGUGUUCAACGAGACCCUGGAGCAGCACAACUACAACACGUACAGCUCGGCGAAAUGGUCGACGGCCAAGAAAACGUUGUACCUCGGAUUGAACCGUCACGGGCAGCCGAGGAGGGUACAGGCCAAGGGUCACAAUCUCGGCAGGCUGUCCGCCUACGCGCGGGUGUUGACUCAGGUCGCGCCUCUGGACCGGGUGGAGACCCUCCAAAGGCGGAUGCUCGGCGCCCAGCACAACGUUCGCCACCGUCACAACACCCACCGCGGCGACCUCAUCCAGCAGUCCCUCUGCCCCGCCCUCCCAGCCCAGGAAAAGGACGGCAGGGACAAGUUCAGGUGUCGCAAGCGGAAAAAGAGGAAGAAGAGGAAGCGGAGGUGCAGACCGGGCGAGAAGCCGGGCCCCCAGUGCCAAAUAGCCGAGGGCAAGCCGGUCCCCCCGGCUAGGAGCCAGAGCCUAGCCGCGAACGGGACGUCCCCGAUCCAAUCCAAGAGAUCGUGCGAGGGUUUGGCGAGCGAGGAGGCCUGUCGAAGAGAGGCCCUCUCGGUCCCCUCCAAGAAACGGAAGCUGCGGGUCGAGGAGAUUGCGCCCGACGGAGAAGAAGGAGGAGCAGGAGGUGAAAGAGGAGGAGAAGGAGGAGGAGGAGAGAGAGGAGGAAGAGGAAAAGGAGGAGGAGGUGGAGGAGGAGGAGGAGGAGGGAGGAACGUCACCGGGAGCAGCAACGGUAAGAGCAAAGCGCCAGCAUCAAACGCGAAAAAAGUAAACGCCGCUGGUAGCACGAGUCAGAGUAAAAAGCCUAAUUUGACGAACGGGAAGAAGAGAAAGAAGAAGGGGGCGCAGCAACCGAGGAGGAAUUCGUGGUCGGCGGGUCUGGGCCGGAAGAGGUCGAAGCCUGGCGGAACGGCCUCGACCGCUGCGGAGGCGACGACGAGCACGUUGGGAACGACGAUACCGACGACCACGAUCGCGACCACGGCACCCGCCACGACGACCACGACCACGACCACGACCACGACGACGACGACAGGCGUGGUGGCGUAGGCCGAGCGAAGGCCGAGGGAAACUCGAGGGAAGAAGAAGAUCCGCGGCCACUGGCGGGCAAAGCCGGAACUCUGCGUCCUUCGCCAUGGUGCCCCCUCAAUUCCUCCUUCUUGUUGCUCCUGGUUCGCUCGGUGUGGACCUCGCCCCGAUCCUACCACGCCGCGUGAGAUGUUGCGAAAGCGCGAGGAUCGCGUCCCAGGCCUCGGCCUAAUCGUCUCCUUCAUUCCCCCGAUUGUAUCGCGAUUGCCGCCACCUUCCUCUUCUCCUCGUCCAACUAGUCUCGUCACCGUCUCCUCGACGACCAUUGUGUCUCGUCUCCCUCCUUGAUCCCCUUUCGUUCCCGUCCGACGAUAGCCAUCUCGUCGCGUAUCUUCUUACCGCGAGUCAUCUCUUCGCCGCGUUUUAAUUAGGACCUGUAUACCUAGUUGGUCGGUAACGAGCAGGGUGUGAAGGCAGUGUUUUAUACGCGUAUAUAUAUAUAUGUAUAUAUAUAUGUAUAUAUAUAUAUAUAUAUAUGUGUGUGUGUGUGUAAGUAUGUAUAUAUACGUAUAUAGCGAUUCCACCUCGAUCUUAAUUCGUUAGAGUUACAAUUACAAUUUUACCGAUAUCUCUGUUAGAUGAUAAUCGCUUGGACGAGGCUUUCGUCUUACGAGUAAAAACCUCCAUCGGAUAAGAGAUACGGAAUUACCCGUGCAAUCCAUAAAAUCCGUUUCUUUUGCACCCUGCACGCUGAGGUCUUAUCGUCCCUUCUCCCUCGCCGUGUUCCACGGUUAACGAAGGAGAAGGAGAAAGAGAGAAAAAGAAAGAGAGAGAGAGAGAGAGAGACAAGGAGCCGCUGUUUACGAGAAAACACACACGACUGUUUGUAUAUUAUUAGCCGAUACUGAAAAUGAGAGAGGAGGAGGAGGGGGAGAAAUAUAAGGAAAAACAUUGGGACGUGAGCCAUUAUUCGCUGUAUACGAGGCGUGUCGCGAUAACGAGCGCGCGUUUCAUCGAUUAGCGUAAUUGUGAUCGAGGGAGUAUUAUAUACGAAAAAGGGAUAAUUCGCUUGUCGAGAAUAUAGAAAACGGAAAUCGUAUUCCGUAUCCCCGGAUCGAGAAUUGGAUCGCAAAUUCAUUCGUUUCCUCGCGGCUUAUCGAAGAAAAAUGUAUUUCGAUCGAGCCACGCGGAGGAGGAACGCACCGAGGAAUCCCAUCAAGUUCGCCGUAAGAGAAUAAUCAAUGCCCCGCACGCUUAAUUAGAUCAUCGACUGUAUAUAUUAUGUGUGUAUAUAUAUAUAUGUACACACACUCGGGAUCUCCUCUCCGUAACGAAGGAGACGUUUCUCGUUUUCUCUCGAGAUUAAGAGAACCGAGAGUUUCGUGCUCGUUACGCGACCACGUUUCCCUCUCCUGUCCUAUAAUUGAGAGCGUCUCUCGGACACACGCGGCUCCUUCCUUCCUUCCCGACGUGUCAUCCGUCCGGGAUGAAUGGUUCGUUCCUUCGAUCCAGUCGCGUGCCUUUGAUUCUUCUUUCUUUUCUUUCUUUCUUUUUUUAUCUCUCUCUUUCUCUUUGUCGGGAUUAGCGGGAAAACGACUUUGAACCGAGAAGAAUCGGGUUUGCGGUUUCCCUUCUUCCUCUUCGAGUUACCAGUUUCUUGGAGAAAUGGAUCCGCGUUUUAUACGUGUGUCGAAGGCGUGAAAAAGCGGGAGGCUUCGAUCGAGUUGGGCAACGUCUUCAUUCCCCUCGAUUCGAAAUUGUUGCACGGCCGCGGGACGAAGGAACGACGCGCACGCAACCAACGUCACGCACGAAUAUACGCCGUUAAUCGCAAUGAUGAUUGCUAUGUACACGUAAAUUAUUUACAAUGAUUCCGGUGGGACGAGUGGAUCGAGGAAGGCUGGCCGAGGGCGAUCGCGUGUGCCGCGUCUCCCUCCCUCCUCCUCUCGAGGAGUUCCCACACGCGUCCAACCUCUCGCGCAUUCCGAACUACUUUCGAGGACCGAUUCUCCUCGUCCUUUCCCCCCUCUCCUCGAAAAUCGGAAUCAAGGAUAGAUAAAAGGUGGAACCGGAGUUGGGGGGAUGGACGAGAAUUGGGGCAACGAUCUCCUCGCCUCAAGGAGGGAGGGGAUUUCGAAGAUUCGUGUCCACGCGACUAACUACUCGUCCGUCGUUCCGUCGCACGAUUCGGUUCAAUAUUCGCAUUCGAUGACUCACGGUACAGGUGGCGUUUCGAUCGAGUGUGUGCAGUGUUGCCGAUCUAGCUGGACGAAAGUUGGCGCCGCUGUUAAAUCGCGUUAAAUUCGUGGCUGAAAUUUGCCCUUCCUUGCCUUUUCUCGACUACGAGAACGACGUUUCGAUACAAUUUCUUUCUAGAUAUUGAUCUUGAAUCUUUUUCUUUCCUCACCGUUUUUCCUUCGAAUAUACGCAACACCGUGUUCACCGACCAACCGAAACUCGAGUAAUCAGAUUCUCUUCGUCUCGAAUUUUGUCCGGCUCGAUUAGCAAACCUCGACAUUGCGCAACGUUCCUCGACGAGAAGACGGCGGCUCGACCGGCCUGUGCCCGGCCGACACGCAUCGGGAGACCACCAGGAGGAGGGAGAGGAGAAGGAGGAGAAGGAGGAGGAGGAGAAGGAGGACGUUAUCGAGAUCGAUAGCGUAGAGCGAGAAAUGACAUAAUUUUGUAUCUCUGGAUCGAUCCCAACAAUACUCACUCUUCUUCGCUCUUCGUUAUAUAUAUAUAUAUAUUUCUUUUUUUUCUCGAUUCUACGUGUAAAAAUCGAUCAGACACGUUAUUUCCCUUUCGCGCGAAAGCGAAAUUCACGUGUCGCGUUCCUUUCUCUAGAGUAAAAAAAGAAAAAGAAAAAAAAAAAGAAAGAAAAAAGAAAAAAGAAAAAAAAAUCUAUCGGCGUUUCCUGAAAAUCGAUACUUUGCACCCGAUUACUACAUCCAUCCAGUGAAAAUGGAUUCGAUUAUUCUCGGUAUGCCGCCGUCUUGCGUGCGUAAACAUUGUAAAAAAGAAAAAAAGAAAAAAAGAAAAAAAAAUGUAAAAAUGUUUGGCGAGACGAUUAGACUGUUUCUUUUCUUCCUUGCGAGGAAAAACCGCGCGCGAACGAACGAACGAGGAAAUAAUUGUAAACGAUCCCCCGAGAAGGGAAAGCGGUUUCGAACGGGAGGAGGGAUAAUUCUUCUUUUUUUUUUUUUGUUUUUUUUUCUAUUUUUUUUUUGUACGGUUCGUGUAAAGAGAGAUUUAAAGUAUUAAAUUACCGAGAAAGAGAAAAGUAUUAAAAGCCGUUAUAUAGAGAAUAUUUACUCGUUAAACUCGUUAACGUUAAGGUUAAAAUCGAGCGUUCGUUCUUAAAUCUAUCGGGCCGAUGCCCGGCUGCCAAAAAUUUAUCACUAUGCGGUAAGCCCGAUCGAUAGACUUAUAAAUAACGAGAGAGAGAGAGAGGCGUUGUGCGUUUUUUCGCAGCUACCGUGAAGUAAUCAAACACGAUUUCUAAUAAUUGAAAAUAUUUAAUUUUGUAUUUUGUUCUAAUUAUAAAAAAAAAAAAAAGAAUCUUGUUAAUAUAAUCGAUAUAAAAAUAUAGGAAUUAUAUAUAUAUAUGUAUUACCGUAUCUGAAGUACCAGAAUCAAUUAUAAAUAUUGUGUUCAUUUUUCCUCAUUUUCUUUUUCUUUUUCUUUUUCUUUUCUUUUCUUUUCUUUUCUUUUCUUUUCUUUUUUUAUAUAUAUAAUUUAAUUCUCACACAAGAAGGAUAAUCAAUCCGACGAAUCCGGGUCGUUUAUUGCAAAUUAUUUAUUGAUCUAUUUCUAAGUAGAGAUCGAAAUUAACGAAGAGGAAAUUAGAGAUAAAAUAAUCCGUAAAUAUCCGUAGGUACGAACCUCGCAAUACAAGCUUCGCGCUCGAGAGAAAUGGCAAUAAUAGAGAAUAACAGAGAGAUAUUUUCUUGCUUAUUUCGUAGAGAACAUCGUGAACUGCCUUUUUCAUAAAUUUAAAAUAUAUAUAUAAAAAAAAAAAUAGUAGGAAAGAGAAUACACAUAUAUAGAUAUAUAUAUAAAGAAAGGAAAAACUGGCACACGUUUGACCAGAUAUUUUGAAAAUGUUGAAAAUGUUGUUUGCCUAGUAUUAGCAAAUUUACAUAUAAUAUGCAUUCUGUGCUUCGUCACGAGAGAUAUUAUAGGGAAUCGAUUUUUCCAAGUGUGAAAAAUUUAGAGAAAACAGGGAAAGAAAGAGAACAGCGGAAGAGAUUCUAUCUAUCACGACUUCGUCUUCUCGAAUCUCGAUUAAAGAGUGGAGAGAGAGAGAGAGAGAGAGAGAGAGAGAAAUGAUAUACAAAAGAGUCCGCCAGAAAUAUCUUCACCUCGCUACGAAUCUUUGUAGGAAUCAUCUAUUAAUCUAGUAGUAUAUUUAUUAAAGACUUAUUUAUUGUAAACAGUUGACUCCGUGUACAUAGAUCUACGAUCAUUAUUCAUCCAAUCAUGCGCAUCGAUCAUGUGUUCUUCGUAUGUUCUCACGUCUGUCCUCCAGGCAUAUACGAAUUCGUCAAAAAUAAUCGACGAGCCCUCCUACUCCUACGACUUCUUCUUUUCGUUAAUAAUUUUCUUUUUUUUUUUUUUUUUUGCGUUUGUAAUUGUAGAAAAUACGUGGACGAUGAUGUAGUGGAAAAAAGGGAGGGGAAAAAAAGCACAUCGAACGCGUGUAACAAAAUGUAUGCGUUUCGAUGAAUGUAUUCUAUAAAGGGAAAAAGAAUAUUUCGAAUUCUUCGAUAUAUAUAUAUACAUAUAUAUUUCGAUAUUUAACGAUCGAUCGAUUUCAAUUUAUAUAUUUUUCGAAAGAAAAAAAAAAGAAGAGAAAAAAAAAGACUCAUCUUGUUCGUUUUCAAUCCUCAAUAUUGACAAAUAAUUUUUGUAACAAUUUGAAGAUGUUCUAUAGCGACUACGAUUAAUAAAUAAUAUAGAAUACAAAACGAGAUAUAUAUAUAUAUAUAAGCGUCGUUUCACGAGGUAUGCGAGUGUACUUACAUCGAUACUACGUUAGUUUGUUAUAAAACUGUAGACUAGUGAAUCAAUGUAAUACAUUGUCAGGACGCAAUAAAUGCAAUUUAUGUUUUUAAGAAAAAUAAUAUUUCUUUCGAUGGUUUCUCUCGAAAUUGAACGAGCGAUAUUAAAAAAAAAGAAAAGUAAGAAAAUAAGAAAAUAGGAAUAAUUCACGGUCGCAUCAAAACUCUUUCCUGAAACAUAUAUACACCUUUUUCAUUCGUUUGUUUUAUAAAACGAAGGGGGAAGGAAGGAAGCAAAAUGGAGAAGGAGACUUUUUGUGAAACGGAAUGACCCAGUUCGAGAUCUAAUCUAGAAAAUGAAAUUUUCUCCUUGAUCCAGACGCUCCACGCUUAUCAGCGAGGGAAGCAUUUUUCCCAAGCGUAGUUCCACCGGUUAUGCAACCUGUCUAAUAAUAGUCACUGGCAAAGUGCGCUAUUACUUCCGGCGGAACUGAAAUUGGACCGCUUUGCUCGUAACGAACAAAGCCACUUUAAUUCCAGAUGAUAACGCACCGUGCCGCUCCCUUUUAUUUCGGCUUAGCUAAAUUGCGGCAAGUAAAAUGCUUCCGUGUCCACUAUCACGAGACAAAAUUUAUUGUUGCGCCCUCCAUUUCCGACUAUUUCCACUUAUUCGAGAAACGAAAAAUAUUUACUUGUUAUAAUUUUUGUAUACUCUCUUCUGCUUCGAGGUAUUUUUUUUUUUUUCUUAAUCGAGGUAAAUACACUUCGCCCAAUUUUCGAGGAGAUCGAGAAUUCGAAACUUCGAUGAUAUUUUUUUUUCUCUCUCCUUCUUUCGCGCGAUUUCGCGUCAAAGAUUUUUCGCUGCAUUCGCAUCACGUUGCAAUCAAACGCAAAAUAAUGUAUGGAAAAAAAAAAAUUGAAGAACACAGACAUCGAACAUCGAUAUUUUUGGCGAGUUCCGAGCUAAUCACGAAUUAAUGUAACGAAGUAUGCGUGUUUCGUUUAAUUUUACUUUUCUUUCUUGGGUUAACGAGCGAUUCGUCGGGACUAAGAGAAAGAAAAAGAAGAAAAAAAGACAAUUCUUGUAACUGACAGACAAUAAAAUGAAGCGACGUUUGUUAAGAUAUUGCGAGGAUGCGAUAAAGAUUCGACGAAAGAACGAGCGAACAUCCCUGACAGUGACUUCGCUUUUUGCGUGUAUCGUUAGAAAAGAAGAAGAAGAAGAAGAAGAAGAAGAAGAAGAAAAAAGGAAAUUAUUGCUGUUCGAGCAACACCGAGAAUGCGUUUUACUCGCGUUUAUUGUAUAAUCGUAUAGAAAGAUGGCAAUAAAGAAAGAGAAACGACAGAUAUGUAUGUACUUAUAUCGUACGUGAUGACCGUGGUUUAACACGCGUUUAACACGUUCACCGCGCGUAUUGAAAUUUUCACGCUUCGCGACAACUUUCUUUUUUCAUAUAAUUUUCAAUUUGGAAAUUAUAUCGCGUCGUUCGAAUCGACAACGAACGCGGUGAACGUGUUAACGAACAAUCGAAAAAGAAGAAAACACAGGGAUACGUGUAAAGCUUGAAUUUAAUAAGAGGAGGAAAAAGAGGAUAAUAAUAAGCAGAUCUGUUCGACAGAUCCUGAAAUCUCGUCGAAGUUGAUUCGAUUUUUAGCCGCGAUACGACGAUGUGUCGUUCGCGUGGUGGCGAAUCGUCGAACUUCGAACUGAAAUCAGUAUUCGAGAUCUCUGAUCUAAGAGGCGAUAAAUCGCGCGAAAAGUGUGAAAAAGAAAAAAAAAGAGAGAAAAGAACGAAGAGAUGACGAGCAAGGAGACGAACGCGAUCCUUUUCCGCGCUAUAGAUCCACCGAUGAAAAGAAAACUCUAGGUCUAGCACUGCCAUUUUUUCGUAAUGUUAUACUUUGUAAGAUCGAGAUGUUGUUGAGAAAUUGUUAAUUAAUAUAGAAGAAAUUUUGCGAUCAUGUUAUUUUGUUAAGAAAAAUCGAUGGAAAAGCGUGGAACCACGAUUUGAAAACGAAAAAAAAGAAGAAGAAAGAAGAUCUAGAUCUUCCGGUCGAAUAUACUUUCUCGUCGUUUUGUUCUUCUAUUUAAUCAAACGCCGCCACUAUCGACGCUACCUUGUGAUAUCAUCGAGAACCCCUUCCCUCUUUUGUUCCAUACACGUACACUUUAUUCCCGUUGUUUCCGCGAGAACAAAAGGGAGGAGAGAAAGAAAGAAAAAAGGAGAGCACGAAAAAUUAUACGCGUUUCGUGAUCCCUCUCGAGAUGGAAUAACACGUUGAUCCAUCACCAAGUUUGAACGGAGAAACCGUGUCCGCUCCUCCUCUACCUUUUCCCUCUCGUUCCUUUGAUGCUGAGCUCCAUCAUAUCGUCGCCAUAUAAUUUUUAGAAGUAAUAAAAAGGAUAUUAUUGAAUAUAA